CGCUUUCGCACUCGUUUAUUUAGUUCAGUGUGUUCAGUUGCGUCCUGGCUUCAUAUCCUGUCGCUAUCCUUUGCCUCAGCGCUUGCCCAAGCGGUUUCAGUUUGAGGAUUUGAGUGCAUUUACAAAGCGGCUGCAAGCAUAAAACAGCCAGAACUGUGCGUCAGAUCAAGCCAUAUAAUAUAUAUAUAUAUAUUUGGCAAUUAGUGAAUGGUGUUCGAUAUAUCGAAUUGUGCGGGAUAAAGGAUAUAGGAUAUAUAUCCUUAAAGUAAUUAGUUCCGCUUUACCGUUAAACCGGCUCGGAUCGUAACCUUUUUUAACUUUCAAUCGGGGUUGUGCGUCUGCACUAAACGGCUUCAAAAUUAACUACUCAAAGUACCACCACAACGCUAUGUCCUUAUCGGCCAUAGCCAAGCCAAUACUCUACUCGUAUUGGCGCAGCUCGUGCUCCUGGCGCGUGCGCAUUGCGAUGAACCUGAAGGAGAUACCCUACGACAUCAAGCCGAUCAGCCUGAUCAAAUCCGGUGGCGAGCAGCAUUGUAAUGAGUAUCGCGAGGUCAAUCCCAUGGAGCAGGUGCCCGCUUUGCAGAUCGAUGGACACACCCUCAUCGAGUCGGUGGCCAUUAUGCACUACCUGGAAGAGACCCGUCCCCAGCGACCCCUCCUCCCACAAGACGUCCACAAGCGGGCAAAGGUCCGCGAAAUUGUCGAGAUCAUCUGCUCGGGCAUUCAACCCCUGCAGAACCUCAUCGUGCUCAUCCACGUGGGCGAGGAGAAGAAGAAAGAGUGGGCCCAACACUGGAUCACACGUGGCUUCCGGGCGGUGGAGAAAGCGCUGUCCACCUCAGCUGGAAAAUACUGCGUAGGCGAUGAGAUUUCCAUGGCUGACUGCUGCCUCGUACCUCAGGUGUUCAAUGCUAGAAGAUUCCACGUGGACUUGCGCCCCUAUCCCAUAAUACUCCGCAUCGACCGCGAAUUGGAGAGCAAUCCCGCCUUCCGGGCGGCCCAUCCCUCCAAUCAACCGGACUGUCCGCCGGAGCUGCCCAACAAAUAGAAUUUUCCGACGACAACUGCAAAGCGCCGGAAGACGAAAAAGUGAAUUGCAGUUCGUAACGCAGGCACAGGACAAACUAAGAACUUAAAUCUGAUCGGUGGGCAGACGGAUGGCGAAGGCGAUGUCGAUGGCGGAUGGAUGGGGCAGAUGGCGAUGAUUCCAUUUAAGCAGAAACAGUCGGAUGUGAUUUAAGAAAUUGCUAACAGCAUUUAAAUAUGCAUAAAUGCAUAAAAAUACUAUCGAUAUAAAAAAUUAACGAAAUUCCUCACACGAAAUUCAAAUGCAUAAUUCUCAAAAAAAGUAAAAAAGAAAAAAAAACAAAAACGGAACAAAAACUAAUAAUAAUAAAUUCUUCAGAUUCCCUUAGUUUGUCAUUGUGAACAUGAUCUAAAAGAUGAACUCAUAUAUAUUUUAAAUGUAACUUAUUUUUAUGCAUUUUAUUUAGGCUAACAAAACAUAACAAAUUCAAGGAAAACUCUCAUGACGAAAAGCAAAAUUCAAAUUCAGGGAUUUAAAAACAUAAAAAAAUCGAAAGAAAAAUACAAAUUUAGAAACACUAUCGAAGAUAUACAAAUAUAAACGAUGUAUGUAUGUAUAAGUACUUCAUGUCAAAGUUGGGCAAAUGCUAAACAAAUCGUUCACAAAGUACAAAACUUCAGUCAACCAAUAAGUAAACUAAAUACCAACAUACAAACUAUACACUAAAAUCGAAUAAAUCCUAAGUAUUUUAAAAGAUCUAA